GCCGGAAGUGACUGAAUAAAGUAAACAGAGGAGCUGUCAGUGGAUGCAGACAUCCAGAUAGCUACAACUAAAGCGAGCAAAUUUUUAAAAAGAUAUUUCUGCUUUUUAUGCACACGAAGGGGCAUUUGUAUGAGGAACUGGUGCGACUUCUAAUAAAGGUUUUCCUGGGACAGGAGUGACACUGUCCUGAGAUGUUCACAGACAUGGACUAUGAACUGGAGGAGGACAAGCUGGGGAUACCAACGGUACCUGGAACCGUGUGUCUGAAGAAAGAUGCUAAUAACCUUAUUGGCAUCAGCAUUGGUGGUGGGGCACAGUACUGCCCUUGUCUCUACAUUGUCCAGGUCUUUGAUAACACCCCAGCAGCUCUGGAGGGGACGCUGGCAGCAGGCGAUGAAAUCACAGGCGUGAACGGGAAACCGGUGAAGGGAAAGACUAAAGUAGAGGUGGCCAAGAUGAUUCAAGCUGUCCAGGGAGAAGCAACGAUCCACUACAACAAACUGCAGGCAGACCCAAAACAGGGGAAGUCUCUGGAUAUAGUGCUGAAAAAGGUCAAACAUCGGCUGGUAGAGAACAUGAGCUCAGGCACAGCAGACGCUCUGGGACUCAGCAGAGCUAUUCUCUGCAACGAUGGACUCGUUAAAAGACUGGAAGAGCUGGAGAAAACAGCAGAGCUCUACAAAGGGCUGAUGGAACACACCAAGCGGCUGCUCAGAGCGUUCUUCGAGCUUUCUCAGACUCACAGAGCGUUCGGGGAUGUUUUCUCCGUCAUCGGGGUUCGGGAGCCUCAGGCUGCAGCCAGCGAGGCGUUUGUGAAGUUUGCCGACGCUCACCGCAACAUCGAGAAAUAUGGUAUUCAGCUACUAAAGACCAUCAAACCCAUGCUCCAUGACCUGAACACGUAUCUUCACAAAGCCAUACCAGACACAAAGCUCACCAUCCGCAAGUACCUGGAUGUGAAGUUCGAGUAUCUGUCAUACUGCCUGAAGGUGAAGGAAAUGGACGAUGAAGAAUAUAGCAGUAUUGCCAUGGGAGAGCCGCUGUAUCGCGUCAGCACCGGUAACUAUGAAUACCGCCUGGUGCUGCGCUGUCGGCAGGAGGCUCGGGCUCGCUUCGCCAAGAUGAGGAAGGACGUUCUGGAGAAGAUCGAGCUGCUGGAUCAGAAACAUGUCCAGGACAUCGUGUUCCAGCUGCAGCGCUUCGUCUCGGGCAUGUCGCACUACUACGACGAGUGCUACGCCGUCCUGAAGGAGGCGGAUGUCUUUCCCAUCGAGGUGGACCUCUCCCGCACCAUGAUCAACUACAGCAGCCAGUCGCUCACCUACACCGAGGACGAGGAGGAAGAGGAGGAGGAGCGCGGAAGAGGCGGAGAGGAAGGAGGAAGCGGCAGCGCAGGCAGACAAGCGGAGAACGGCGCUGAGAAACUAAUCGAUGACCAAUGAGUGUGUGUGUGCGUGUGUGUGCGUGCAUGUGUGUGUGUGUGUGUGUGUGUGUGUGUUUGUGGCCUUCUUGUGGAGAUGAAGUCCACCCCUCCAACAUAACUGUACACUUGCAUUUAAUGUCAACACACUCACCAAGCCGUGAUCUUUGGAGUGCAAUAUAGCAGGUAGAAAGGUUAACACUGUCUUAGCAAACGUGAUUACUACUGAAAACUGCUGCUGUAAAUCUGUGUGCCGGUCUGUUGGUGUUUCCUUCCUGUGAAAUCAACGGCCUUCUUAUUUUAGUUUGUGCUUUUUAACAUGUCUGUCCUCCACACAGGAAGUCAAAACCGAAUGAGACACGACUUUAUUUUAAUGUGAGUGCUGCGGACGGGUUUUCAUGCUGCAGAGUUGGAACUAGAUACAUACGAGUUGUGCCUUCGUGAAGUCUGAUGGGUCUGGACUGUGUUUUCAUGUGUGCAUAUUGUGGAUAUACCUUGACAUGUGCGGAUUUAUUUUACUUUCUUUGCUGCAAACUUGUCGCAUUUUGAACAGGGAUUUAAAUGUUAAGUGUCUCUGGCAACAACUGGCAAAUGAAACUGGUGGAUAAAUGUACAAAAUGUGAAGGUGUUGUUGCAGAUAGACGUGAUUCUGUUCCUGCAUGAAUGUUUGUUACAUGCAGCUGUUGCACCCUUUUGUUUAUUCUUCUUCUUUGCACAUUUUAAUUGUUUAGAAAAAAAACAGCUGUGAAAAGUGUCAUCACCCAAGGCUUAUUCAUUCAGUCUGUUUUAUCUCCUCAUGCUUCAAGCUAACGUGUUAUUUACUCUCCUACAUUCCCCUCAACAGCAUGUUUUUUUUUGUUUGUUUUUAUUCCAGCUGUUCUCUAACUCUGACAGUGUUUCUGUUCAGGAGGAGAAACACACACACGGCCUCACAGAGCUUCACCAUGCUGCAGUAACGGAUAGCAAAAUGCAAACACUACGUGUAAAUAAGUAUGAAGUGGAAAGGAUGUUUAAAGUCAGGUGUCGUGAUUUUUCUUGUCAUUCCAACUUUAUUUAUUCUUUUUGUCAAAAUAUAUUUAAAAGUUUUAAUUAGCUAAAUUGAUUCUAUAUUAUAGUGAAUAUAAUUAUUCAAUUAUA